AUGGAAGAUGGUCACUCCCUUUUCGAUUACAGCGUUGGACUGAACGAUAUUGUUCAACUCUUGGUCAGACAAAGCCCAGCAGUGCUUCCUGCUGUUAGUAAGGAAAAGGAUUCCGAACUUUCCGACACAGACUCUGGCUGUGGCUCAGGCCAAAGCGAAUCUGACAAAAGCUCCCACAAUGGAGAAGGUGCCAUGGAGCUGGAGGGACAGCCGAGCACAGCGGCACAGCCGGACUGGACUGACCCAGGAUUUGGCCUCUAUAAGAUCAAUGACUUGGUUGAUGCUCGAGAUAUGAAUAUGGGAGCGUGGUUUGAAGCCCAGAUUGUAAAUGUAACCAGAAAAAACCCUACAAACAAAUCAGCUGACAGUUGCACAGAUCCUGAUCAGCCAACAGUCAUUCCUGAAGAGGAUGUAAUAUAUCAUGUGAAAUAUGAAGAUUAUCCAGAGAACGGAGUUGUAGAAUUGAGUUCGAAUGAUGUACGGGCUCGUGCACGGACUAUUUUGAAGUGGCACCAGCUAGAAGUAGGACAGGUGGUGAUGGUCAACUAUAAUCCCGAUGAACCAAAAGAGAGAGGUUUUUGGUAUGAUGCGGAGAUUCUGCAAAAAAGGGAAACAAAAAUGAUCAAGGAGAUAAAUGCAAAGAUACUACUUGGGGAUGCUGGUGAUUCCUUGAAUGACUGCAGAAUUACACUAGUGGAUGAAAUUUAUAAAAUUGAAGAACCAGGCAGUGCUUGUCCUAUUAGCGCCAGUCCAUUAAAACGACAAAAUGGACCUGUGUGUAAAGCUUGUAAGGACAACCCGAACAAGACCUGCAGAAUUUGUGCUUGCCAUAUCUGUGGAGGUAAACAAGAUCCAGAUAAACAGCUAAUGUGUGAUGAGUGUGAUAUGGCUUUCCACAUCUACUGCCUCAACCCUCCCCUUAGUAGUAUACCAGAUGAUGAGGAUUGGUAUUGCCCUGAAUGUCGAAAUGAUGCAAGUGAGGUGGUUUUAGCAGGAGAGAAAUUAAAAGAAAGUAAAAAGAAACAAAAGAUGGCAUCUGCUAAUUCAUCCUCGCGGAGAGACUGGGGCAAGGGUAUGGCGUGUGUUGGUCGCACAAAGGAGUGUACCAUUGUCCCCUCGAACCACUACGGACCAAUUCCUGGGAUUCCGGUUGGCACCAUGUGGAAGUUUAGAGUUCAGGUGAGCGAGUCUGGUGUUCACAGGCCCCAUGUAGCAGGUAUACAUGGCAGAAGUAACGAUGGUGCCUAUUCCUUGGUUCUGGCAGGAGGCUAUGAAGACGACAUAGAUCAUGGAAAUUCCUUCACAUAUACAGGGAGCGGAGGGCGUGAUCUUUCUGGAAACAAACGCACAGCGGAACAGUCUUGUGAUCAAAAACUCACCAAUAUGAACAGAGCUCUGGCUCUGAACUGCAGCGCUCCCAUCAACGACAAAAAUGGUGCUGAAGCCAAGGACUGGAGAGCUGGAAAGCCGGUCCGAGUGGUGAGGAACGUAAAAGGAGGCAAACAUAGCAAAUAUGCCCCUGUAGAAGGGAACAGAUAUGAUGGGAUAUAUAAGGUUGUGAAAUACUGGCCCGAGACAGGGAAAUCUGGAUUUUUAGUGUGGCGUUACUUACUUAGGAGGGAUGAUGAAGAACCUGCUCCUUGGACCAAAGAAGGAAAGGACAGGAUGAAAAAGCUUGGCCUAACAAUGCAGUAUCCUGAAGGGUAUUUGGAAGCUGUUGCAAACAAAGAUAAGGAAAAAGAAAAUAAUGGAGAUGAUGAGUUUGAUACCCUGGGGAGAAGAAAGAGGAAAAGGAAAUCAGCAGGCGGGGAGAAAAAACUCAUCACCUCUUCUACGGGGAGUCAAAAGAAAACUAAAGUUGAGCCAUACAAGCUGACAUCUCAGCAAAAAUCUCUUAUAAAAAGUGAUGAAGCCAAUGAAAAACUGUGGAAUGAAGUACUAGAAGCUCUCAAAGAUGGACCGAAAUUUCUAAGUAAAGUUGAAGAGGCCUUCUUGUGUAUUUGCUGCCAGGAGGUUGUGUUUCAGCCAGUCACGACUGUAUGCCAACACAACGUGUGCAAGGAUUGUUUGGAUAGAUCCUUCAAAGCUGAUGUGUACAGUUGUCCAGCCUGCCGCUACGAUCUUGGCAAAAAUUAUACCAUGCAAGUGAAUAAAACACUGCAGACCAUUCUAACUCAGCUCUUUCCUGGAUACGGCAAUGGACGUUGAUUCUGUAAAGCACUUCUAAUUUUCUUUUGUUCAAACUUAUUAAUGGGUUUUCAAUGGGCUUAAUUAAAAAAAAAAAGUAGUCUGUGUUCUCCCAGACACCUAAAAAA